GACUUACGACUGGUGGUAGACGUCAUUUCUUAGAACCUCUAGGCAGGAGAUAACCUAUUUUUGUAAUAGUACCAGAUCGAUUGCGUCCCUGACCAGGGUGGGGAGUCUGAGAGACAAGGUGCGCCAUCAUGCACCACGAAUGGACAUCAUCGCUCACACGAAUACCAGUCAUCAAAGUAUAUGGGAUAUACAGACACUCUGAGCUCGGGAGAAUAUGGAAUGCCUUGGGGAACCAUCUCGCACGUAGGGGUGCGGAAUAUCGCAGACGAUGCAUAUUUCGUACCAAACCUACUAACAAUAUUAUCCUGCCGGCCUCAUUCCCGCCGACGGAACCCCAACCAGAAAUUCCGGCAAGCCCACUGGAUCUUGGUGCUAAGGACAUGGAGCACCUUCACUCUUUGCUCGUCCUGGAGAAAUAUGUUACAUUCUCGCAAGCAUUUUUGCAUAUCUCGUUGCAAACCACGAUGUACACCACGUCUUCAUGCUCUCUCUUCAAGAACAAAAGGUCGUCGAAUGCGCUACGUCAUGCUAUGUGUUAGGUCGCAGUGGCACAGGAAAAACGACGACAAUGCUGUUCAAGAUUCUUAGGAUUCAGCGAGCCUGGGAGCUGGGUGCCAAUGACAUGCUCAAG